UACAUAAGCUCUACACGAAACUCUCGAAUUGAGCAGCUGUGGGUUGAAGUCGGCACUCAGUUUGCUAGGCGAUGGAGGGCAUUUUUUACUCGGCUCGAAAAUUGGCACAUGCUCAACCCUCAGAACGCCAAUCAUCUUUGGUUGCUUCACGCACUUUUCCUUGACGAUAUCAAUCAGGAUUGCUCUGACUUUCAGGAAGAGUGGAAUUGCCAUCCAAUAUGGGGACCUGACACUAAUGACAAGAGUCCAAAGGACUUACAGUUCCUGGGACAAACACUAUUUGGUGUAUAUCGUGACGAUUGUGAGGGCGUUCACCCUGAUGUGAUUGAGGAGUACUACGGCAUUCAUGGUCGCCCUGCAUCCCGACGACCACAUCAAACUGGAGCAGGGCAUCCUGCUGACGAGGAAGAUGAUGCGGAUGAACAGUCGCCCGACAUUAUUGAGUUGAUCAAUGAUCAGCAAUGGCAGCACAUCCAUCAUGACGCUGUCAGAGUUCCUUCACACAGGAGCGCUUUUGGUACUGACGAAGAAACGCGAGAACAAUUUUUUACAGUUCUUGCUGAAGUUGUUGCAAAGAAAAUCACACCAGCGUAUUGCCGACUGACGCCAGAUGAAUGGGAAGGUGACCAGUAUCCUGCCUUUGAGACGAUAUGUGCUGGUCGACGAGGUGUGAAAGAGCUUCAAGUCUCCCUUGCAGAGCCAAUUUGGUUUCAUCGAGUGAAACUAUGGUGUCAAGCCUUGCUAGUUUUGACUAUGUUUUUAGCCGAUAGGGAUUAG